AUGCCGUUUCACAUCACUCCAUUCAAAGAGCGUCCUCUUACGUUGAAUUUAAGUUCCCCAAAGCGCGAUAAGGUCGUGAAGCACGGCAGCACCUUCUACAGAUUUGAUUCCGCUGAUCUCGAUACUCCGGGAUUCCCUCGACACACCGAGGACAAGACCAAAAGAAGGCUUCAGACAUGUGUCAUAUACUCUUGCCUUGUUUUGCUGGUCUGCAUCUUAGUACUUGGUAUUUUCGUCGCGGUGCAUGUCGUGAAAAAGGAUCGCACUGGCUUCGAUUCGAACAGCCUGGAGUACGAGUUGUACAAAAACACAAUAUUUGAGGGCUGUUACAACAGCACGCGGUCUAAUAUCACCUCAGAAUGCCCCGAAAUCAGAGCCUCCUUGCAGAAUCAAAACAGUCCUGCUUUGGACUUCUAUCCGGUCACUUUGAAAUGGUCGAAUGUUUUGAAGAAUCACAGUUCUGAGCCCGACUGGUGUGAUGUCGUGAGCUGUUUCAGCGAUUUCAAAGUGAUCCCAUCGAUUCCCCGUCCAUCGGCAUUCUGGCCAUCCCUCCUGGAAGUAUGGUGCAAGCUCAUCAUCACUUUCAUCGCCGCCUUCUGGGAGCUGGGAAACCUUCAAGCGGCCCUAUACAGCGACCGCUUGUGCCAAGGGCUGGAAUUGAGCAACUGGAUAUUCCUUCUCUGGGAUGCCGGUUGCUUCAUCUGGUGGUGUGUUGGUCUAGGCCAAUAUAUCUCAAAUAAAGAGUACUAUCCCGUCCCCUACAUCCUGGGCUGGGUAUCGCUGUGGAAAUACAAGAACAACAUCCACUACCAUCCUUACAAGUGUGCCCUCAAACGCUCUCCAAAAUUUGCACGAUUUGCAGACAAAGCACUCGGCACACUCGUGAUUGUGCAAUGGGUAGUCUGUCUUUACUUCUUUAUCGUCCAUUUUAAAGCUCUUGAAAGAGGUUACUCUCCGGAGCUGGCGUACGAGUGUCUCAUCCCGCACAUUCCAACCGCCCCAGGAUUCUCGCCAUGCUCGCCGGAGACAAUCUGCUCUAACAAACUGCUUUUUCGCUCUGUGCUCUUUGAUUAUCACAGCGCACUGAGCUUCAAUGGCACCAUGGCUCUCAUUUCAUUCUUCCUCGUUGGCACAAUCUUCCUGACAGUGAUGUUGUGUGCCCGCAUCGUGUUCCCAUGCAUGGGAAUGAUCACCAAAAAGAAGGAAAAGUGGAGAUUAGCAGCAUCUCAUUUGGAUAUGGGGUUUGCUGCUAGUAUGGGCAUUGCUUUCUUUUGUUGUAUUGGUUGUGCCGCUUUGACUACAAUUGACACAUUGCGGGCGGCUGAUCGCCGAGCUGCGGGAUCUGUUGCAUUUGAUUGGGAAUGCACUGCUUUGCAUGUUAAUCUGAGCCCGUGGAGGUAUUAUUUGGAUGUGAGUGAUGGUUUUGCGACUCGGAUGGCCAAGACCUGGUUUAGUUCGUGA